AUGCACUUCUCUCGCCGUAUCGUAACGACUCUCGUCGCUGCUGCCUCAUUAUGGCAGGAGUGUCACGGACAAGGCCCCUUGGCCACGGUCAUUACCGACCCGGGAACCGGCAUCGUGUUCGAUGCCUGGUCGGCGACGACGACUCAAACCAAGGGAGGAAUGACCAUCGGAAUGGCUUUGCCCUCUAACGCCCUCACCACAGAUGCCAAGGAGUUCAUUGGCAUACUUACCUGCUCGUCCUCAAAUGGCGUAGGAACCGGCUGGUGCGGCAUCUCCCUCGGAGGCACCAUGCCCUCCAAACUCCUGCUCAUGGCCUGGCCCUCCGGCAACGAGGUCCUCACCCGCUUCUUCGUCAACGCCACCAACUACUCCGUCAUCUUCCGCUGCGAAAACUGCCUGUCCUGGGACCAGGACGGCGAGACCGGCGGCAUCAGCACCAGCAGCGGCUUCAUGCUCCUCGGCUGGGCCCAGGCCUACAAGUCCCCCACCAACCCGUCCUGCCCCAGCAAGAUCGGCAUCGAGCAGCACGACACCCAAAACAUCUUCCCCGCCAUCCCCGAUAGCGCCAUCGCGAACCCGUCCUACUCGGCCUGGGCCGCCCUCGCCACCAAGACCGUGACGGGAGACUGCGGCGAUGGCGGUACCCCACCAACACCGAUUCCGUCCCUUCCUCCACCGCCACCAGCGUGCCCAGCAAGACCGGCGUUCCCGUUCCCACGGGCACCUCGUACGACUACGUCAUCGUCGGUGGCGGCGCCGGCGGUCUCCCCUCGCCGAUCGGCUCAGCGCCGCGGGAAAGAAGGUCCUUCUCAUCGAAAAGGGUCCCCUUCCACCGGCCGAUGGGGCGGCACCAUGAAGCCCGAUUGGCUCGAGGGAACGAGCCUCACCCGGUUCGACGUGCCCGGUCUCUGCAACCAGAUCUGGCACGACUCUGCCGGCAUCGCCUGCAACGACAUGGACCAGAUGGCGGGCUGCGUCCUCGGCGGAGGAACGGCCGUCAACGCCGGUCUCUGGUGGAAGCCCCAUUCCCAGGAUUGGGACUACAACUUCCCCACCGGCUGGAAAUCCACGGACGUGUCUGCUGCUACCAACCGCGUCUUCUCCAAGAUUCCCGGCACCACGACCCCUUCCAUGGAUGGGAAACUGUACCUUCAGCAAGGCUUCGAGGUCGUCGCUUCCGGCCUCCGCAAGUCCGGGUGGACCGAGGUGUCCGCCAACGCCGAGCCCGACAAGAAGAACAGGACGUUUACCCACACUCCCUACAUGUACUCUAACGGCGAACGUGGAGGCCCUCUUGCCACCUAUCUCGUCUCCGCGAGCCAGCGCAGCAACUUUAAGCUUUGGACCGGCACCGCCGUCACCCGCGUUGUCCGAACCGGUGGCCACGUCACCGCUCUUGAGGUGGAGCCCUUCCUCAACGGCGGUUAUGUUGGCAAGGUUUCCUUGACUCCGGUUACUGGCCGAGUCAUCCUUUCCGCCGGUACCUUUGGAAGCGCCAAGAUCCUGAUGCGAAGUGGCAUCGGUCCUCUCGACCAGCUUGAGGUUGUCAAGACCUCUGCCGAUGGACCGACCAUGGUCGCCGAGGACCAAUGGAUCAAGCUCCCUGUCGGCUACAACUUGGAGGAUCACACCAACACCGACACUGUCAUCACCCACCCUAGCGUAGAGUUCUACGACUUCUACGAGGCUUGGGACGCGCCCAUUGUUGCCGACAAGGAUUCGUACUUGAACAAGCGAACUGGUAUCCUCGCCCAGGCCGCGCCUAACAUUGGCCCUGUCUUCUUCGACCAGAUCCGUGGCAACGACGGCAUCACGCGCCAGCUCCAAUGGACCGCGCGCGUCGAGGGUACUUUCGAGACCCCCAACGGCAAGGCCAUCACGAUGAGCCAGUACCUCGGCCGCGGCGCCAAGUCCCGAGGCCGCAUGACCAUUGCUCGCAACCUCAACACGGCCGUCACCACCGUGCCCUACCUCCAAGACUCCAACGACGUCGAGGCCGUGAUCAAGGGCAUCGAGAACCUCCAGGCUGCCCUCGCCAACGUGGCCAACCUGACUUGGACCUACCCCCUCCCGGCGUGA